UGCAGGUAAGAUAUUGUGCAAUGGUUUAGAAACAUACCAACCUUGGAGAGCAUUACUUUAUUAACACUUAUCAGGAAAAUGAGAUGUAGAAUUGAGAUAUAUCACUUUACACAGAGAUGAAUGUAUCGACGUGAUUAUGUUAAUGUUCUGUCAAGUGUUGAGCAAUAUACGUAUCAGAAUUUUAAAAAUCGUGGAUAUCCAGUAGCAGACGACAAUGGUCCUGGGGCUAUUUGAUUCUGCUGUUCCCUAUAAGGGACAGGCGUACAGUAAACUGAAGUCUGAAUGCGUCAGUUCCGGUCGGUUGUUUGAAGAUCCGGAAUUCCCUCCAGUUUCUUCAUCACUUGCUUAUUCUGAACCUGCAUCGUCUAACAUCGUGUGGAAGAGACCAGGGGAAAUCACUGGAGAUCCUAAAUUUUUCGUUGACGGCGCCGGAACUGAUGAUUUUAACCAAGGGGCGCUUGGGAAUUGCUGGUUCGUAGCCGCAGCAGCAUGUAUAGCUGAAAAACCCAAACUGCUGAAAAAGAUUGUGCCAGAUAUUGAGAAACAAGAGUGGCUUCCGGAGAACAAGUAUGCUGGGAUAUUUCACUUCCGGUUCUGGAUUUGUGGAGAGUGGACGGAUGUUGUGAUUGACGAUUAUCUGCCUACUGAGGGUGGUAACCUGAUUUACAUCCACUCAAACAAACGGAACGAGUUCUGGUCAGCUCUUCUGGAGAAAGCUUACGCAAAACUAUUCGGAUGUUACGAGUCUUUGCGCGGAGGUUUUGCUAGAGACGCUCUUGUCAACAUGACAGGGGGCGUAGGGGAGGUCAUCACAUUGUCGGACUACAUCGAAUCAGAGGAGAAGAAGGAAAAACUUUUUCAAAUACUUCAUUCUGCCAUUGACGAUCAGUCUAUGAUCAGCGCCGCCAUUCUAACAGGCGGAAAUGAUAUAGAGUCCAAACGGGACAAUGGUUUAGUGAAUGGUCACGCUUACAGUGUCACAGCCGUGAAAAAAAUACGAUUAGGGGAAGGUCUGAUUGCGUUUUUUAAGAGAGAUUCCAUAAAGUUAGUUCGUUGUCGCAAUCCUUGGGGUGAUACUGAGUGGACAGGGGCUUGGAGCGAUGGGUCCCAGGAAUGGGCUAAAGUGAGCAGCAACGAGAAGGAAGAAAUGGGAAUCACUAUAGAGGAUAAUGGUGAAUUUUGGAUGUCAUUUGAGGAUUUUUGUACGAGUUAUUCCCACGUUGACGUCUGUCAUUUGAUCAAUACAUCGUUCUUCUCCCUGUCCAAAACCUGGCAUGAAGGCAAGGGCAUGAGCGAAUGGACGGAUCGCAGAUGUGGAGGAUGCGUGGACCACGACAGCUUCAUACAAAAUCCGCAGUAUGUGUUUGACAUAGACGACAAGGAAGACGAAAUUUUGGUGUCGUUAGAACAACAAGACAAGAGAGAAUUUAAGAAAGAUGGCGAGGGAAAGAACCACGGAAUUGGUUUCACGAUUACCAAGACUGACCUCAACCGAGAGUACAGAAUGCACGAUAAAUUACAGACCAUUCAUACAUCAGAGUACGGUGCUAAUAGGGCUAUUUUCGAACGUGUGACCAUAAAGAGGGGACGCUAUGUGAUAUUCCCCACCACACACGAGCCAGACAAGAAAGGGAGAUAUGUUUUACGAGUGUACUUCAGUUCCUCACCAGCCUUCAAGGAAUUAGUGUACGAGGAACCACCUCCACCAAUGUGUUGUUCCUUCCUUUUUAAAUCCAACGGCGCCACACAAAUCACAAUAGUCAGUGCCAACGGUCUGGAAAACCCGAACAUCGUCCUCAAACCUGAUCUGUACUGUGAAGUAACCUGCGGAAGAAAGAAAGUGAAAACAAGUGUUUGUGACGGGACGAAGGACCCAUUCUGGGACGAAAGAAUAACAUUUUACCAGAAAGAUAAGGACAUCAAAAUUGAGAUCUGGAAUGACAAUCUAAUUAAGGACGAUUUUAUCGGACAGUGUAUCAUUCCAAUGAAAGGAGCUAAACAUACAGGAAAAACAAUUCAGCUACCACUGUACGGCAAAGGCAAGGAGGAGAAAGUGAAACAGAAAGGAUCCCUGUCAGUGACGAUAUUGUGUACAGCUCACAUGGACACCGUGUGAUGAUUGAUAAGAAUGAGAGCUUAAUGAUGUGAGACAGAGUGUAAAGAUUUAUAUAUUUCCACGUCACUGUUCACAUGUUACAUUUUCAUGCAUUAACGAAUUGUAUUAUUACAUGUAAUUACCACUAUAAAGGUGGAAUGAGGAUUAUGAUUUGAUUUACAUAUAUUGCAUUCAUUAAAUUGACAUUCGACUGA